AAUGUGGAGUGAAUCUCAUCGUCUUCCUUCUCAUCUGUUCCAUAUAAAUAAGCCCAACCCGUAAGAACCUGCAACCACUUCAGACAUCCUGCGAUUGAGCCUCUGUUUAACUUGUUUUCGAGCCCGGCGAGAAACCAUGUAUAGAGUGGCGAGCGCGUCGGAGUACUUGGUGAUCACCGGCGUCGGCAUCUCCGACAUCAAGAUUGUGAAGAAGGGAUGGGUCCUCCCCGGCCAGUCCUGCGCCGUCUUCGACGUUUCCCCGGUGAACUACACCUUCGAGGUCCAGGCCAUGAGCGCCGAGAAGCUCCCCUUCAUCCUCCCCGCGGUGUUCACCAUCGGUCCCCGGGUCGACGACGACGCCAGCCUCCUCAAGUAUGCCAAGCUCAUCUCCCCGCACGACAAGCUGUCUAACCACGUCAAGGAGCUCGUCCAGGGGAUCAUCGAGGGGGAGACCCGCGUCCUCGCGGCCUCGAUGACCAUGGAGGAGGUGUUCCGGGGCACCAAGGAGUUCAAGCAGGAGGUGUUCGAGAAGGUCCAGCUCGAGCUCAACCAGUUUGGCCUGCUGAUCUACAACGCGAACGUGAAGCAACUGGUGGAUGUCCCGGGGCACGAGUACUUCUCUUACUUGGGCCAGAAGACGCAGAUGGAGGCGGCGAACCAGGCGAAGGUGGACGUGUCUGAGGCCAGGAUGAAGGGCGAGGUUGGGGCCAAGCUCAGGGAAGGGCAGACUCUGCAAAACGCGGCGAAGAUUGACGCAGAGACCAAGAUCAUCGCGACGCAGAGGCAAGGGGAUGGGAAGAAGGAGGAGAUCAAGGUGAGGACGCAAGUGAAGGUCUACGAGAACGAAAGGGAGGCCGAGGUGGCGGAGGCCAACGCGGAGUUGGCCAAGAAGAAGGCGGGUUGGACUAAGGAGGCAGAGGUGGCGCAGGUGGAGGCCGCCAAGUCGGUGGCGCUGAGGGAGGCUGAGCUGCAGAGGGAGGUCGAGAGGAUGAACGCCCUGACGCGGACGGAGAAGCUCAAGGCCGAGUUUCUGAGCGAAGCCAGCGUAGAAUACGAAACCAAGGUGCAAGAAGCGAACUGGGAGCUUUACAGGAAACAGAAAAUCGCGGAGGCAGUCCUGUAUGAGAAGGAGAAGGAGGCGGAGGCCCAGAAGGCGACUGCCGAGGCCGGCUUCUACGCGAGGCAACAGCUCGCCGACGCGGAGUUCUAUGCCAAGAAGAGAGAGGCCGAGGCGCUCGUGGCAUUGGCCCAUGCCCAGGGCACGUACCUGCGGACCCUGCUGGAUGCGCUGGGGGGCAACUACGCGGCCCUCAGGGAUUACUUGAUGAUCAACAACGGCCUGUUCCAAGAGAUGGCGAAGGUGAACGCGCAGGCCAUCCAGGGGCUGCAGCCGAAGAUCAGCAUCUGGACCAACGGGGGCAGCGAAGAGGGGGACAGGAGCGGGACCGGCACCGGCGACGCGAUGAAGGACGUGGCCGGGGUUUACCGGAUGCUGCCGCCGCUAUUCAAGACUGUGGAGGAGCAGACCGGGAUGCUCCCGCCGGCGUGGAUGGGUAUGUUGACCAACUCGUCGGGUCGGUCCGAUUCAAAUUAGGCGGGAGCCAAUCGAAGGCCAAGAGGCCAUGCUGCUUAGGCGCCGUCUGACGCGAAUUAUUACUUAAAUUUGUUACGAGUGUUAGUUUGGUCUUCUGGUUUUGUGAAGUACUUACUCCUUAGAACAUAUCGAUGGAAUAUUUUUUUGUUUUUUGCCCACUAUCCUUUUCAAAAUUCU